CUCCUGCUGCUGCUCUGCGCCGCUGCCUGUGCCCAGCAGACGUGCGUCUGCGAGAAGAACAAGCGCGUCACCAACUGCCGGCGGGUCGACGGCGUCUGCUGGUGCGACUCGGUGGGCUCCGGCGUGUCCGUGAACUGCAACACUCUGACUUCAAAAUGCCUGUUGAUGAAAGCAGAAGUGACGGGCUCAAAAUCAGGUCGUCGUGAGAAACCAAAAGAAGCAUUUGAAGAUACAGAUGGCCUUUAUGAUCCUGAGUGUGAAAAUACUGGUGUUUUCAAGGCGAAGCAGUGCAAUGGAACCACCUGUUGGUGUGUGAAUACAGCUGGUGUUAGAAGAACGGACAAACAUGAUGCAGACUUGAAGUGCAAUCAGUUAGUCAGAACGACGUGGAUCAUCAUUGAAAUGAAACAUGCUGACAGAGACGCUCCUCUGAACACUGAAUCUUUAAAGAAGUUCUUCAAGGACACAAUCACCAAACGUUAUAUGCUGGAUGGACGCUAUAUAAGUAGUGUUCUGUAUGAAAAACCUUACAUUACUAUUGAUUUGAAGCAAAAUUCGUCAGACAAAUCUUCUGGAGAUGUGGAUAUAGCCGACGUGGCCUACUACUUUGAAAAAGAUGUAAAAGGUGACUCCAUCUUUCAUAAUAACAGACUGAACGUCAGCAUUGAUAAUGAAAUGCUUCGGUUUGAGAAGACAGUGGUCUACUAUGUUGACGAAAUAGCACCGGAGUUUACCAUGAAGUCUUUGACUCCCGGCCUCAUUGCUGUCAUUGUCGUACUAAUACUAGCAAUAGUUGCUGCAAUUGUUGUCCUGGUCCUCACAAGGAGGAGGAAAGGGAAGUACGUGAAAGCAGAGGUAAAGGAAAUGAAUGAAAUGCAUAGAGGGCUGAACUCGUAA